GUUGGCUAGCAAUCCGAAUUUGCUCCAGGAUAAUAUACACAAGGGUGAUGAUUAUGAUUUGGUUUCUUGAUCCCAGAUCCAAAGUGGAGAUUUUGAUCACAAAACCUUAGUCAACCUGAAGCCAGUUGAAGACCAAGAUAAGAAGAUGACCUCAAAACUCUGUUUGCUACACCAGAAAAUAAUACAAAUCCUGGUGAAGAAGCAGCGUCUAGUUGUGAACCUGAAAUGGAUGACUUAAGAAUGCAGGAGGGCUCAACUAUUGGCAACAUGAAGAAUGGAAAGUUAAAUCAUAGGGAGUCACAGUUAGUUAUUGGAUUAACAGAAAAUGAAGAUGAGAAAAUGACAUAUAAAGAAAAUGCAUCACCAACUGCCAAUGAAGAGAAGGUUACUGGUGAAGGUCCUGAUGAAAGUGCAUAUGGUGAAUUUACCAAAGUGAAUGGCACUGCUUUUGAAGGGUUUGCCUCCAAAGAAAGCUAUGUUGGAGAAGAUAAACAAAGUGAAAGAUUGAAUUUCAGUGGAAAUGCUUCAGAGGGAGGCACAACUGAGAAAAUGCUUGAACUCGUGGGAAAUGAGUUUAUUGCAGAAUCUCAUGUGGUGGAUGCUAGCAUUGAUUGUCAAUGCUCUGAAGCAAAAAUUCCUCACACAGCCCAUUUUGCUCCAAAAUAUCAAGCUCUGGUGCCAAAAGGAAGAGAGGCAACUGAAGUUGAUCAAGUCAACCUGUUUGAUGAUCAUGAACAAAAUAGUGAAUUUCAUGUACACCAAGGUGGCCUCAGCUCUGGUGUAGAAGGAAGGGAGGCAACUGAAGUUGAUCAAGUCGACCUGUUUAAUGAUCAUGAACAAAAUAGUGAAUCUCAUGUACACCAAGGUGGCCUCAGCUCUGGUGCAGAAGGAAGGGAGGCAACUGAAGUUGAUCAAGUCGACCUGUUUGAUGAUCAUGGUUUGACGGUUUCCUCUCUUGUUUCUAUUGACUGCAAUGAAGAUAGAGGCAAUGGUCCUGCUUCUUUGGACAAGUCUUUCGGGGAGGAUAAAUAUGUAGCAAAGGAGAAGGUUGUAGGUGGCAUGAUGGAUAAGAGGAUAAAUAUGUAGCAAAGGAGAAGGUUGUAGGUGGCAUGAUGGAUAAUCUUUCAAUUGAUGCUACAGAUGGCUCCAACGUUGGAGAAAAUGUUUUUAGUGAACAAAAAUUUUCUGACAUGCAACUGGUUGGCCAAGAUGUGCUGGAGGAAGAUGCCUUUGUGAGUGACGUUGGUGGUUUGGCAUUAAACAAUUUGUAUCCAGUCUAUGAUUUUAGUGGAGUUCAAAUUAUCAACUCCAAGAGAAACUACAAGAAAAAUGUGCUAUAUAUUGUUAAUUACUAGUUCACUACAUUAACAUAUAAAACUAUAAGUAUACAAUAUCUUCAGUUUCAGAAAAUAUGAUUAGACUCUGUAGCAUUCUUAGUUUGUAAUAUCUUUUACAAAUCAAUUCUGCAUGUAUAUUGAGAAGUGUUGUAGCAUUCUUGGUAGG